AUGGCACGGUCGGCAUUUCUCGAGGAUAUCGCGCGCCAGCGACCUUCCCUAACAUCAGAGGACUAUUUGCAGGAACGACUCGAGAGCUCACUCGCCGGCAAGGACGAUUUGUCCUUUGUUGAACUCCUUGUGGAUGGGACUUUGGAGUCGCUACGCAACCACGGCAGUGACUCGACCUAUGGCUCAUUUACUGACUCCACUACAUCGCCGACGAGGUUUCUAGUCUCGGUGAAAUGUACGAACGAACCAGUAUUGCCAUUGCUGGUGGUACGUGACCAGGACGAAUUGAGACGGAGGAUGAAGCAGGCGGGUUCCUUCCAGCUGAUCGUUAUCCGUCAACGGAAUUCAAUCAGCUCACUGAGCAUUAGUCACGAGCUUCUGACAUGCUUGAUGGAAACGUGUCAUGUCUCAACUCGGCUUUUGGACUUCAUCAUCUGCUUUGGGCCCAAAAAUGGCGAAACACGCCUGACACCGCCUAUGACCUGGGCUGCCCAAGCCACGGCCACAGGGGCCGCUGAUCGGGUGUCGGAGGACUUUGAGUGUGCGUACAUCUUACGGUUUCCGGAACAGCACUACCGCUCAGAAUCCAAGCCAUGGUCAUUAAGACAAUUUCUGUUAUACCACCGGUCGUCUCAGGAUCCUACUGUUGCAACGAUCAUUUUCGCUGGGGUAGGAAAAGCUGUUGUGAGGUCUUUGCAGAAGUAUAUCUUGUGCUACCGAGAUCGCCAAGCACUCAAUGCCUGGGAGAUUCAUCUGGUAUUGCUGAACGCGGUCGUGACAACCUGGCGCCCUUAUCUCGCAUACUUGGGCGACGAAGUCAAUACUCAGGCUGAUCAUGCCGUACUCGCGGACCUCGAAGGAGAAGAUGCUGACUUUGCACGGCUUGAUGAGCGACAAUACCUCAAACAACUUGAAGAUGGCGUGGAUGAGGCAGCUUCUAUCUUAGCUCAUACACGAAAAGCUGCAGAAAUUCUGCGAGCGAAUUUUGGAUUAUGCAAAGGUUUUACAGCUGAAUCUGAGGCUUCAGAGGACGAUGUCGUCUUGCUGGACCAGGGGUUUCAGGAGGUCAUCCACAACCUGAGACAUCACGAGGCCCAAACACAGAUAUUACAUACCAAGGUCAAGAGUGCCUCUGAUCUGGUCUCAAAUAUCCUAGACCUUAGCAACAGUACCGCUUUGAAGAAUCUGGCCCUGGAAUCUGCGCGGGAGAAUGCGGUGAUGCAUGAGCUGACCAAAAAGGCCACCCAGGAUGCGGCAGCAGUCAAGGUCCUUACGGUCCUGACGCUCAUAUAUCUCCCUGCGACCGUAAUAUCGAACUUCUUCUCGACGUCGUUUGUCAAUGCAAGCACGAGGCAAGAUGGUAGCACAUUUCUCGUGGUGGCCAGCAAUUGGUGGAUUCUCCUUGCCACCGCACUGCCACUGACCAUAAUCACAAUCUAUAUCUGGAGGUUCUACGUCCAAAAGGAAAUUCACGGAGAGUAUCCCGCUUGGUGGCAGUCUGUCCAGCGGAAAUACGCAAGUCUGCGCAUGCCUGCCUUCCGGCAUCGACACCCAAGAAACGAACUUUUGGACGAUUAG